GACCCCUCAAAGACCAAUACCUUCCACCAAGUAAUGCAUAUUCUCAAAGUCGUCACCACCACCACCACCUCCUUCUUCUUCUUCUUCCUCCUCUUCUUCUUCUCCAUGCCAUACCUAGCAACAAGCAAGGAGUUAUGCUUAAAAUCCGUUUGCCGACGCAACGAACCGAAGAUUCACUUCCCGUUUCGAAUAAAAAGCCGGCAGCCGGAAUCAUGUGGCUAUCCAGGUUUUGAUUUGUUCUGCAACGAAGCAGGCCAAACACUUAUGAAGUUGCCUGGCCUUUAUUCCGGAGAAUUCAUGGUUGAAGGGAUAGAGUAUCACAAACAGGAAAUAUGGCUCAACGAUCCAAAGAGUUGUCUCCCUAAACUAAUUCUUUUCCAUAAUCUCUCUGCUGGUUCUCCUUUCAAGGGCGUAAAUUAUCAAGAUUUUACGUUCUUUAAUUGCUCAGAGAGUUUUGAUUUGGGAGUUAGUCGAUUAACUCCGAUUGUUUGUCUCAGUGAUUCUAACUACACAGUUUUUGCUACCUCCUCUGCAAGAGUUAUUGAAAUCUUAUCAACAACGUGCAAGUUAUUCAAAACUGUGUCGGUUCCAGUUCAAUCCCCAUUUGACGAGCAGAUAUUGUCAUCGGACCUGAGUGAUGAUCUGAGGCUAACAUGGGAUGAACCUGGAUGUGGAAAGUGUGAGUCACAAGGUGGGCAGUGCGGAUUUAAGAGCAACUCCAGCCAUAACAUUGUGUGUUCACACAUUCCUCAAAGUGGCCGACUUCCAAGGGGGGCACGCUAUGCGAUUACCAUAGGUGUAGGAGUACCAGCAAGCCUGUGCUUCUUAGGGCUACUAAGUUUCCUUUGUGGCAGGGUCAAGUCAUUUGUUAGGAGACGCGACCCAAUCCCAGAAUUGAACCCCUCAGUUGCUCCACAAUCCACAUUGGUUCUAGGCCUUGAUGGGCCAACGAUAGAGUCCUACCCAAAAAUAGUCCUCGGCGAGAGCCGGCGCCUGCCAAAGCCCGAUGACCACACGUGUCCGAUAUGCUUAUCCGAGUACCGGCCCAAGGAGACGCUAAAGCCCAUACCCAAAUGCCAACAUUGCUUCCAUGCUGCAUGUAUUGAUGAAUGGCUUAAGUUGAAUGCUACAUGCCCCAUUUGUCGAAACCCUCCUCCUCAACCAUUACCUGCAUUAAUAUCGGUGGAUGUUUCAUGAUACAGCUAAAUAUUCCUUUCAUACUUGUUGAUAUCCAAUUAAUUACGUGAGCAUGAUACAUAAUUUUCAUUGGUGGGUGAUUAUAUUAAUGAUAAUGUAUAU